ACCACUCCUUUAUUAUUCACAUUCAAUUAAAACUUGUGACUUUGACGUUUGAUUGUCACUUAAAUGGAAGACGAAAUGGUUUCAGAAUCAAUUCCAAAUAAUAAGGAAUCGGAUUCAGACGUUGAAAUGGAAAAUGAAGAAGAGGAAGAUGAUAUAGACUCUGAAGAGUAUGUCGCCUUGAAUGAUAAAAUUGACGAAUUAAACGAUGCAUUGGACUCAAUUGAGAAGAAAAACGAUGACAUACAUGCACAAUUACUUGAGCUACUAGAAUACAGUAAACAAUUUCGAAAAGAAAUUAAAGAACGCGUUUCAGAUAAUAAUGAAGCUGAAACAAAGUGAAGGACAGUUUUUGUUGUUAUUGUAAAUAUAAGAAUGUUUUGGGGAAUAUUUGUUGUA